AUGGCUUCUACAUCUUCAUUUAGAGGUCAACAACAAGUUUCUUCUUCGUAUGGAGGCGGACCACCACCAUUACCACCGUCAAGGAAUCAAAGACUAUACGGUAAACCAUUACCACAUCAACUUCCUCAAUCAUCUUAUGAAAGAAGACCAUCAUCUUUAUCACAUAGUAGUAGCACUUCCUCUUUAUACAGUCCGUACUCUCGACCAAAUAACAAUGACCAUAACAAUAAUAACAAGAAUGCACCAUCUCGAUCACCGUCACCAAUACCUUCUUCAUAUAACAAUAAUUCAUCAUAUUCAAGAAAUGGAAAUUAUCACCACCAUCAUAAUUAUUAUCAACAACAAUCACAUCACGACCAUCAUCACAACAAUAACUAUCUUUAUAAUCAUCGACAACGGUUAAGAGAGGCAGAGGCCAAAUUAACAGAAAGUGUUAGAAAAUCGCAAAUAGAUCUUGAUAAAGUAAAUUGGGAAUUGGAGAAAGUCAUUCAUCAAACUGCUUUGGCAACUAGACAAAUAGAAUUACUUUUUGCUAAUAGUCAAGAAGAAAUUGAAGCUUUAAAUAAAUUAGCAGAAAAAGAAACAGAGGAAAAUCAACUAGCUUUGAUUAAUAAUAAGAAAUCCGAAUUAAAACUUGAAGAAUUGCCAAGAAACAGUCACAGAAUGGCUAGAGAUAAGAGAGGAGAUGUGGUUGAGACAUUUACCUCAAUUUCUGCUGAACCUGCAUAA